AUGGCAGCUAAGACUCCCGUGAAGCAUGAAAAUCGGGAUGCUCUCCUUGCCAGUCUACCCAAGCCAUACCCUGGCGACCUGCGUUCAGCAAUCAAGCAACGAGUCUCGAACCCCAGCAAUGGCAUUCCUCUCUUGGUGAUUCUGGACGAUGAUCCGACUGGAACGCAGACAUGUCAUGACAUUCAAGUAUUGAUGAGCUGGGACGUUGAGACUCUGAAGUCUAGCUUUACUUCCAGCGUAACGCAAAAUGUCGGAGGAUUCUUCAUACUCACUAAUUCCCGGGCUUUGCACGAACCGGAAGCUCGAGAAUUGAUCAAGGAGAUUUGCACGAACUUGAAGGCUGCUGGGAAUGCAGUCGACAAAGAUUUUGAGAUUGUGCUGAGGAGUGACUCUACACUGCGAGGACAUUUCCCACUCGAAGCGGAUGCGGCAUCCGAAGUCCUCGGGGAGGCCGAUAUCUGGCUGCUGGCUCCAUUUUUCCUUCAAGGCGGAAGGUAUACGAUCAAUGACUGUCAUUAUGUGGACGAGGAGGGAACGCUUGUACCGGCUAGCGAAACGCCUUUUGCAAAGGAUGCUACGUUCGGGUACAAGAAUUCUAAUCUCAAAGACUGGGUUGAAGAAAAGACGAACGGUGUUAUCAGCAGAGAUCGAGUGCAGAGCUUGAGUCUACAAGACAUUCGCACAGGAGGUCCUGAUAAAGUUGCACAGCUUCUGACUGGCUUCGCAAAAGGCAGCACUGUCAUCAUCAAUGCGGCGAGUGAGCAGGAUAUGGACGUUGUCGUUGCUGGACUACUGGACGCCAGCAAGUCAAGAAAGUUCUUAUACCGCAGCGGUGCAGCUCUGGUCUCCUCUCGUCUCGGAAUCGCACAAAUCCCACCCAAGACGUCAGCACAGCUCAAGCUUAAUCCUUCCGUCGGUGGUCUCGUUAUUGCAGGUUCAUACGUUCCGAAGACGACUGCUCAACUCAAGAUCCUUCGUGAGAAGAGCGGCGACAAACUCACGACAAUUGAGCUCCAGGUAGAGCAGCUACUGGAGUCGCCGGACACUGCCGACCGUAUCAUUGAGGAGGCGAAAGAACAAGCUGCGCAGGAGAUUGAGAAGGGUCAAGAUGUGCUGGUGAUGACUAGUCGGGGACUGAUCACUGGUAAGGAUGGAAAGGAGAGUCUCAACAUUGGAUCGACUGUUGCGAAAGCUUUGGUCUCGUUCUUGACGGGACUGCGAUCGAGGCCGAGAUACAUCAUUGCCAAAGGCGGCAUCACAUCAUCCGACAUGGCGACGAAGGGAUUGGGCAUGAAGAUCGCAACUGUGGUUGGCCAAGCGGCGCCUGGCGUACCGUUGUGGGAGUGCUCGGAGGAGAGCAGCAAGUGGAGCGGAAUACCGUAUAUCGUAUUCCCCGGAAACGUGGGCUCAGCCGAAGAAUUGUUCAACGUGGUCAAUGGCUGGAGGCCUUGA